CUGGAAUUGUAGGGGAAGAACAAUGAGAACUCUAGGGGAAGUACAUACUUUUGGGCAAUUGUGCUAGAAAUGCUAUGAAAUAAGGGAAUGACUGUAUGAGAAGGGAAAGAAAAGAGGUGGUGAAAUGAAGAGAAGAGGGUAAGAGGUAGCUUCCCAAAGCCAGUGGAAGUAACAAGCUCUUUUUCAAGCCAAGAGAUGGCUUCCCAAUCUACAUCGACACCUGAUGAUUUCAAUAUAUUUUAUUCCCUGCACUUCCUAUCGCGACCCUCACGCCCUCCCAGCUCUGAAACUGUGCACCUGGAGCAUUCGAAGGAUUCUAGUGAGGAAUCCAACGAUGAGACAAGCCAACCAUACCAAGGCCUCACUGGCCUGCGUAACUUGGGGAACACUUGCUACAUGAAUGCAGUUUUGCAGUGCCUCUGCAGUAUAUCCCCGUUGGUGGAGUAUUUUCUCUCAGGGAAGUAUGUAGCCGCCCUACACAAGGAAAAUGGUGAGGUUGCUACAGCCUUUGCCUAUUUGAUGGCCGAUAUGUGGCUGGGAGAGUUUGAGUGCGUCUCACCAGAGGUGUUUCGUUCAGUCAUCAGCGACUUAUGCCCGGCUUUUACCAAGAAGACUCAGCAGGACGCCCAGGAGUUUCUGAUUUAUGUACUGAAUGAAUUACAUGAGGCACUUAAGAAGGUAAGACUGCAGCCAUUCAAAAGGAGAUGCUAUGGGAACACAUCCACUUCUAGGGAAGAUAGGGGAACCGGCAGUGAAACAUCAAUCAUCACCCAGCUAUUUGAGGGGCAGCUCAGUUAUGACAUUACAUGCCUGGCGUGUCAAACCACCACCGAUAAGAAUGAGGUCUUUACAGUUCUCUCUCUUGCCAUCCCUUCUGAGAGUGCCUGCUCGCUACAGGACUGUCUUGAAUGUUUCUUUCAGCAAGACACACUGACCUGGAACAAUCAAAUUCACUGCUCCUUCUGUGGAACUAAGCAAGAUGCUGCAGUAAAGGCCAACAUAGGCAAGGCGCCAAAGAUGGUUAUUUUUCACUUAAAAAGGUUUGACUAUCAAGGCAGCUACAAAAGGAAACUGGGGACUAACAUCUACUAUCCACUAAGCAACUUGGAUCUUUCGCCUUAUAUUUAUCCACUCUUUCGGAAGAAUCCAAAAUACAACUUGUGUGCUGUGGUGAACCAUUUUGGUUAUCUGGAUGGUGGCCAUUAUACGGCAUUCUGCAAGCACACGUUUACCCAGAACUGGUACAGUUUCGAUGACGCACAGGUCAGCGAGAUUCCACAAUCCUCAGUGCAGUCUGCUGCAGCUUAUCUCCUAUUCUACAGCUGUAAAGCCUUCUCUGUACCUACCAAAACCCAUAAGUACUAGGAAAAUGUCUCUGUGAGAACAGUCCAAUUAUUAGAAUUCACUGACACUGGUGGCUAAG